AUGACCAACUACAAGGCGUUCCACUCGCAGCUGUCGUCCAUCAUGGAGUCGCUGACCCGAGCGGCGGUGACGGAGAUCUGCGAGCUGGUGGACGACAGCUACACCGUGCUGCAGCUGGAGAUCUCCCGCAGCCACAAGGAGAACGAGGCGCUGCGGCGGAAGCUGGAGCUCAUUGAGAGCAUCAUCGCCCGUGGGCACCGGGGCAGCUUCGCCAUGUUGGGGUACGACGCGCCUCCGGAGGCCGUCGCACCGGUGAAUUACCCCGGCGAAAGAAGCUCUUUGGCUCAGCUGCCCACGGCCGGGAGGACAAAAGGCAGUAGACAGGCGGCCAUCGAGGCGGCCGAGAGGAGUUUGGCCGUUAAAGAGGUGAGCGCGUUACUCCUGGAGGAGGAGGGCGGAGGGGAGGCAGACGUGGUGCUGAUCAAGGAGGAGACGCCGGGGGAGGAGCAAAGCAGGAGCGAGGAGCAGGAGGACCUCCUCAUCAGCGAGGACGGUACGGAGGCCCCGCCUCUGGAGUCAAGUGACGGCGAGGAGGGCCCCUCCUCGGGCCCCGCCAGCCUGCGACCGUGGGAGCACGCCCUCAACGCCGACCCCCACGCCGACCCCGCCCACCUCCGCCCCCCUCUGGGCGACUCGCCGUCCCCCGGACGCGCCCCCGACGACGACGACGACGACAACGACGACGACUCCCGGGGUGCGGCCUUCGACCCGGCGUCUGACUCUUACCCCGAGGGCCCCGGCGACGCCCCCAAGCCCGGCCACCUCCUGGGGCCCCCGGGGGACAGCCCGCACUCCCUGCCCGGGACCUUCGACCUGAAGCGGGGCCUGUCCCUGAUGAGCUCGCUGCCGUACGACAUGGAGCUGGAGAUGUGCUCAUCGUGGAACAACCCGGGCCUGCUGUCGGGGCCGGGGCCCCGGCCCUACCUCAAGCCCGACCCGCGGGCCCCGCAGCACCAGGACAAGGCCCCGGAGCACGGCGGCACGCUGCUCCCCUUCCCCGCGUCCCUGGGGGGGCCGGGCGCGGCGGCGGCGGCGGCGGCGGCGUGCAAGAUGGACGGCCUGGACCUCAACCGCUUCUGCCGGGACCGCCGCUUCACGUGCACGUACUGCGGCAAGUGCUUCACCUCGUCGCGCAGCCUGGAGACGCACGUGCGCGUGCACACGGGCGAGCGCCCCUACAGCUGCGCGCAGUGCGGCAAGCGCUUCACGCAGUCGGGCCACCUGAAGACGCACCAGAGCGUGCACACCGGCGAGCGGCCCUUCGCCUGCGAGCACUGCGGCAAGCGCUUCGCCGGGAAGCAGAACCUGAGAAUCCACCAACAGAAGCACCACCCAGUGCCGUGUCCCGUGGGAGGAAUGGGGCCCGAGUUGGGCCCCACCACGCAGGGACGUGUGGGCCCCACGUUCUAUCCAAAGAGAGUCGAUCACCGGCAGCAGCCAGUGAUAAUAAGGUCAGCACGGUGCAUUUCACGCGUAUACCGUGUGAGUACCGUGUUCCGUUUUCCCGGUGUCAUGCCCGCAAACGCCGCUAUGAAUUCCAAGAUUUUGCACGAGCAAUUGUCCAUCAUCAUGGGGGCGUUGACCAAAGCCGCCGUGGUGGAGAUCUGCGAGGUGGUGGACGAGGGCUACUGCGUCCUACAGCUGGAGAUCACCAGGAGUCACAAGGAGAACGAGGACUUGAAGAAGAAGCUGCACCUCAUCGAGUCAAUCAUCGUGCGGGGCAACGCGGCGGCGGCUGCCGCGGUCGCGGCGGCAGACGGCGCGGUGCAGGCGGCGUCGUGCGCGGAAGAUGCGGCGCCGAAAGUAGACGCGGAGAAGACGCUGCCGGACGUGGUUUUGAUCAAGGAUGAAGACUCGGACGCCAACGACAGUUUAGAGGAAGUCACCGAAACAUCGGAGGACGGGCGAGCGACGAAGCACAGCCGGAAGAGGAAGCGACCCUGGCCGGCAGGAAGUGAGGUGGACGGUGAUGACCGCAAGCCGUCUUCGGACCCCCAGCAGCAGCAGCAGGGAGGGGGCAGGAGCCCCGUCAGACCCAGGGCGGGCCCCCAGUACAGCCUGGCCUCCCCCGCCAGCGAGCCCGGCUGCUCCAGCCUUUCCGGGGUGGGGGACGAGACGGCCUGCUCCUACACCCAGCACGCCGACCACCUGGCCCACGCGGCCAUGGGGGGGCACUACGGGGCCCACGGGGGCCUGGACGACGCCUCCCUCCUGGAGGGCCGGGGGGAGCUAGACCUCAGCCUCCUGUGGACCAACAAAUCCAAGCAGCCGUACGGCGCGCCCUUCCAGCCCCACGAACACUACGACGCCGGCGGCGACGCCUUCGGGCUCAAGCUGAUCGGCGUCACCGGCUCCAUCACCAACGCCGCCGCCGACGGCGCCUCGGCCGACGGCGGCCAUCUCUCGGAGGGCAGCAGCUCGGCGUUCGACUUCGAGGACUGCAACGGCGGCAGCUUCGUUGCGUACCGCGGGGGGGCGGGGUCUCAGCUGGCGGGCGGCGGCCCGCUGCCGGCGGGAGCGCGCGGGAAGCGCUACGUGUGCGCCAUGUGCACCAAGACGUACGCCACGUCGCAGAACCUCGAGGUGCACAUGCGCAUCCACACCGGGGAGCGGCCCUUCAGCUGCCCCCAGUGCGGCAAGAAGUUCACGCAGUCGGCCCACCUCAAGUCCCACCUCAGCGUGCACUCGGGCGAGCGCCCCUUCACGUGCGCGCUCUGCUCCAAGAGCUUCAUUGUCAAGUACAGCCUCAAGCUGCACAUGAAGAAGUACCACGGCACGGGCUCUGUCCAUACCGUCGUGGACCAAACACGGACACCCCUUAGUCAAGAUAAGUGUAAGACAACCACGGCCAUGAACAAGACGGCCACCCCGGUCGAGCUGCACGCCCAGCUGGCCUCCAUCAUGGAGGUGCUGGCCAACGCGGCCGUGGCGGAGAUCUGCGAGCUGGUGGACAAUGGCUACGCCGUCCUGCACCUGGAGAUCUCCCGCGGCCACAAGGAGAACGAGUCGCUGCGAAGGAAGCUGCGGCUCAUGGAGCUCAAGGUGGCCCGCGUGUCCGCCCUGCGCUCCGCCGGGGUCGGCAGCUCCGUCUUCGCCAGCAGCCGCGCGCGGGCGUCCCAUCUCGGCCACGAGCUGAGGCGGCACCACGGGGGUGAGCUGCCGCGCGUCACCGCCCAGGUGCCUCUCCUGUGCGGAGACCCCGAGGAGGCGUCCGGGGACACGGGGCAGGAGAGCGUGCACAGAAAGGCGUCGCCGGAGAACCCCGUCAAACUGCAGACGCCCGUCAUCAAGGUGGAGAAGGAGGAUGAGCCCUGGCAGCAAGACAAAGGUUUCCACGACGACCUCCUUCGCAACGGCGACCCCGACGCAGAAGCCCUGCUGCCCCCGCUCGCCAAACAGGAAGUGGAGACCAAGAAGGACGUGGGCGACGGGCCGUGCUCCUGGGACGGCCCCGCCCCCGCGGCCCCCGCGCCCGCCCCCCGGCCCCGCCCUGAGGGCAUCCUGGUCCCCGCGGACGGCGAGCGGGACGCGGGCGGCUACGACUGCAUGCUGUACGACGAGGAGCCCCCGGCCCCGCCCCGCUGCUCCCUGCUGCCCGGCCCCGCCCCCGAGGAGGAGGAGGAGGAGGAGGAAGAGGAGGAGCCCGGCUGCUCCUACGCCCUCGGCCCCGGCCGGCUGGGCGUCCCGCCGCCCUCCGACAUGCCCCUCCGCUUCCCCUUCACCCUCGGCGACGCGGUCGGCCCCGAGCCCCCGCCGCCCGGCCCCAGGGCGGCGGCGCUGCCGUCGUCCGCCGCCGCCGACGCGGCCGGCAGGAAGGAGGUACCGGCGGUGGCGAGCGCAUUCGUGCUGCAGGACGACUGGGACGGCUUCGGCGGCGGCGGCGGGGGCGGGGCCUACAGUACCCGCGACGACCCCGCCGAGGGGAAGACCUUUAUCUGCAGCUUCUGCGGCAAGACGCUGGCGUGCCUGAAGAACCUGAAGACGCACAUCCGCGUGCACACGGGCGAGAAGCCCUUCAGCUGCCCGCUGUGCGGCAAGCGCUUCUCCGACUCCAGCAACCUGAAGCGCCACCAGAGCGUGCACACGGGCGAGAAGCGCUACGGCUGCGUGCACUGCGGCAAGCGCUUCGCCCAGUCGGGCUCGCUCAAGGUGCACAUGAGCGUGCACACGGGCUGCAAGCAGUUCACCUGCCAGUACUGCAACAAGACCUUCAUCUCGGCCAAUCACCUGCGGCGACACGUGGUGCUGCACGGCGCCGACAAGCAGCUGCCCGCCAUGUUCCAGUGACCCCUGACUGACCUCGCACCUGGCUUGGACCUAAAACAUGGGAGUACUUUUUUGCGAGGUGCCGUCCGAUGGUGGUUAAAUUAUGGUUUCUCAAUGAUCGGGAUUAACGGAUCAAACCGUCUGCACGCCUCAGAAUCCGAUACGAUUCUGUCGACCAAUCAAGGGAGGGCGCGUGUAGCUCGAACUUGCCGGCACCCUUUCAGGCGUCUCAGUACCCCAACGGAGUACUGGAGACGAGCGCGAAACGAGUACGGCUCAGUACGGCCCAGUCUGGGUCACGCCCACUUUUGGCGGUGGAAACGCGAACCGCGCCGCACCUUUUGCGAACCAAACCGAACCCUCCGGUGGAAACGCGCUAUUGGAACCAGCACCGGUUGGACAGGGCGCUUCAUGGGACUGUUGAAAACGUACCACUUAAAGACUUUAAAGAAGCAGUGUGAAGACUCGAGUUGCAUCGAGCCGAACAGACUCUGAAGAAAUGGAAAUGUUGUUUUUAGUAGUGCAUUAUCCCAUGAGAAUACGAAUCGUGUUGUGACCCUAGAAUGAGCUCUUUAUAUCCACACGGGGGGGGGUCCGCCUCCACGGAGCCUGCCAUGUUUCUACAGUAGCCCAGAAUGGACCAACAGCUCCAAAGACUGUUUUUAUAAUCGCUAUCCUACUUGUAAGUUAUGAUCUAUAGUUUUUACAGACUAAAUAACGAGUACGUACAAUUUAUAAAUCUCGUCAGUCUAAAGUGGGUGUUGACAUCAUUUUGGACGUACCAACUGGCCCCCGUAGCUUCUCCUCGGCCCUUCGGAAACGGAGAGAUGUGUGGGGCAGUCUUGCAAGAUCGGAAAUCUAGCCCAAUCGGCACUGGUGGGGACGGGGUCUUAAGCACCUCAUCGCUAGCUGCCCCUCAAUUUACACGCUGCACCCUUAAGAGUGUGUUGGACAUUCUAAAUAUACUCUUUAAACCGGGCUGAAACCCUACAUUCUUUGUUAGCCUAUUUUCCUGUCUGGGAUUAAUAAACUCUUUUUUUAAGUGCCAACUAACUUAUAAACCACUAAUGUUUCGAUAACAUUCAUUUUUACGUUUAAGGCAUUUAGCAGACGCUUUUACCCAAAGCGACUUACGUUGUACAUUUUUCAGAAGGAGAAACAAUAUACCGCUGUCGGUACGGUAAGGAUGAUCAUAGAACCAAGUGUCAAGCACUAACAAUCGCUAGGUUCACCCAUUCCCCGUAUACAACAAAGAUAGCUAGGAUAAGAUGCUACACAAUGCUAAGUAUUAUUUUUAUGUGCCAGGACGUAAAACAUAGAAUAAACAUUAAACCACAAAGAGGUAGCCACAACGAACACAAAAGGCAUCUUGGACGUUUUCUCCUCACUGACAACGAAGGCUGUACUGGGAUCACAGACCUCAGGAUGAACCACACAAAUAUAACUCGACGUAUCCAUGUCCCGGUUCUACGGUGCUGGUGUACUAUGAAACAGGAUGACGUACAAACAUGUCUUUAAUACCUUUUUUUAAUUACCAAUACAUCCAGAAUACAAUUCACGGUAACACUGACACUAGAAUAUAUAUUACACAGUACUUAAACCAUCUAUUCCCAAAUAUUUUGACAGCACUAUUCUGUGUUUAAUAUGUCAUUAGUGGGCAACUCCCAUCGUUAGUCUUUUCCUAAUCGUUUUAAGUAUGGAAUACAAAAAAGUAUAUUCGGAACUUAACAUUAUAGUGCUAAAAGUGCUUAAGAAUAGACACACAUUUAUAUAAAGGGUAGUUGUAACCUCUAAAAUAAUUUAAAAAAGUGCUUCCACAAGCAGUACAACAAGUACCACAUUUCCAUCUUUGGGAGCCAAAACAAAAGAAUGAAAUUUGUCAAUUGUACACUGUUUCCUUGAACAGUAAAUAUAUCACAUUGUUGGCCUAAAGAGGCUAAAGCUUAUAUGUACGAGUCACUUAAAGCCCAUACGAGGAGCGGUUUCCAGGAUCGAUAAGCUAUAAAAA